GCGUAUUUUUUAUACAGAAGAAUACUUUGAAAAAGAAACUCGCACUGUAAAAUUAAGGGCUCCACCAAAAAUUAAAUCGAAAAUGGAGGAUGUAUCUAUCCAUGCUGAUUCUCUGCUUAAGAUGACAGUUGAGGUGGAAGGUAUUCCAGAACCCAAAGUUCAGUUUUACAAAGAUGGUAAAGAAAUCAAGGAUAGUCAGAGAGUCAAAAUAGUCAAGGAAGGUGAAAAGCAUAGUAUAGUGAUUGAAAAAUCGGCUCUCUCUGAUUCAGGUUCUUAUUCUGUGGUGGCCACUAACGAAUUGGCACAAGUAUCCCAAUUCUGGAAACUGGAUGUCUACAGCAAACCGAAAAUCGUGCAAAAACUCGAAGCAGAAAAAAUAGUUUCUCAAGGACAAAAUCUCGAAUUGAAAGUCAAAAUUGAAGCUGAACCAAAACCCCAAAUCAAGUGGUACAAAGACGAGGAAGAAGUUCAAGCUAGCGAACAUUACGUCAUCAAAGAAGACGGUGACGUAUACAUGUUGAGAAUUACAGGAGCUGUUACUACCGAUGCUGCAAAAUACAAGUUUAAGGCUCUCAAUAUCCAUGGUACUGGCGAGGCAGAAAGUACAGUCUUCGUUAAGAAACCGCCUAAAAUUAUCAAAGGCCUUCAGGAUAUGACAGUUACAGAGCGCGACAAAAAUGUUACUCUGGAUGUCAAAAUGGAAGCUUUUCCUCCGCCAGCAGUUAAAUGUCUUUCGGGAAUGUUGCUACAGAAACAAAACAAACAUCAAAAAUUCGGUUUCUCCCCUUCUAUUAAUAUUCACACAUUAUUUUACCGUGGCAUUGAGAUUAAAGAAACAAGAGGCGAAUUCACCAGAAUUGAAUCAGAUGAUGGUGUGAAACUUGUCAUCAAAGAAGUAACUAGUGAACUGUCAGGUCAAUAUACUUGCAAGUUAAGUAACGAAUUGGGUGUUGCAGAAACUAGUGCAAAGUUAACAGUUAAUUGUGCUCCAAGAUUUGUUAAGCAACUUGAGGAUACCAUCGUAGAGGAAGGCGCCGAACUCCAUCUUGAAGUUGAAGUAGACGCCUGUCCUCCUCCUACAGUAAAAUGGUUGAGAAAUGGAAGAGAAGUCUCCACUGACGCUCGCAUUAAGAUAACUAGAGAUAAAAAACGAUAUGAAACUUUACAUUUAGCUGUUGACUUAAUCAAAUAUGAAGAACAAGGAGAAUAUGAAGUCAUCGUGACGAACUCUUUGGGAACUGUUAGCAGUAAAAGCUUUGUCACUGUGCACAAGGUAACACAUACUGACGCUGUAGAAGAAUUUGAACCACCACCAAAGGCAGUUAAAAUUGAGGAAAUAAUAGAAGAACCGCAAGUCGCUCAAGAAGCAGAAAAGCAGCCUGAAUCGCCGCAGACGCCUAAAGUUGAGGAACCUAAAGAAGCAGCAUCUCCCAAGCAAGGUAAACUAGCCGAGAAAGGAGAAAUUGAGACAAAGCAGGCUAGAAUCCAAAAAAGCCCUGAACCAGUUAUCGAAGAACCAGCUUCGCCGGAGUUACAGAAAAAGAGGGGUACAUUUGCCAUUAUUGAAGAAGCCGAACACUUUGAUGAUGUCGACGAAACGCAUAAACCUAAAACCCCUACAACUGAAGACGUGCCCAAAAGAAAAUCUAGUCGAGCUAGAACUGUAGAAAUCGAAGAAAUUGAAGAAUGGAGAACGUCAAGAGUUCCAUUCAAGAAAGGAAAAUCUGCCAGAAAAGAAAGCAUUGAGGUAAUUGAAGAAAAACCCGAAGCUAAUUUGCCCGAAACUACUGAGACAAAGGCCAGCGUUAAAGUUCCGAAAAAACCUCUACAACAAACGAAAGAUGAAGCUGACGUUGAAGAAACAAUUACAAAAUACGAGAUUCAAAAUGAUAAUAAAGAGCCUAAGAAAAAUAAAGCCCAAAAAGCGUCUGUAGAAGAAUCUACCCUUAUAGAGCAAGACCAAAACGAAUAUGCUUCCAAAAAACAAAAAACCGACGUACUUGACAGACAGGACAGUCAAAAGGCUAAAAGCAAACCAGAAGCCGAACCCAUAAUCCUGGACACCAAUAUGAAAGACGGUUCAAGGCCAGAAUCUUUGGAUAUCACGUACAUUGUAAGAGGAUUUGCCAACCCUCCACCCACAGCUACGUGGACACUUAACGGAAAAGAGAUCAAACCUGAUGCCCAUCUCAGAAUGACGUCCAGUCAAAACGGCGAAGAAUUCAAGUUAGAAAUAACGAAGCUAGAAUUAAAAGAUGCCGGAGUUUACGAUGUAUUAACCAAUCCUGUGGGCACUGUGAAACAACAAGCGGUGUUAGAAGUUACACCUGAAAGAGAAUUGCGCCGUCCCAAACUGAAGGAAGGUUUAAAAGAUCAAAGAAUAGUAAAAAAGAAUGGGGUUACAUUCAAGGCUGUUAUUAUUGGAGACCCUAUACCUGAAGUUACAUGGUUAAAAGACGGAAAACCUAUAUCCAAUGCUGAUUUUGAAAAGAACAAGAUCAUUUUAGAAAAUGAAGAUCAUGACAUUGAAGACGGGUUAAAAGAAUGUACUUACUCUUUGACUAUACCUAGAUGUGAACGUUCAAACCAAGGAAAAUACACGAUUCGCCAAAAUAAGUGGGGUGAAUUAGAAGACAGCGCUCAGCUAACCAUCGUGCUUAGACCAGAAAUUGAAGGCCCAGAAGACGUUAAAGUGGUUCCAGGAGAAGCUACGGAGUUCACUGUUGUGGUUGAAGCUAAUCCUGAAGCCCAGGUGCUAUGGACAAAAGAUGAUAAAGUUAUCAAAGCUAGCGAUCUAAUUUCUAUUGUCGAGGAUAGAGCCAAAGACACUUAUAAAUUGAUUUUCCACAAUGUGAAACUGGCUGAUGAAGGCUACUAUAAAGUAAUAGCUAAAAACGAAUUGGGAGAGAGCAGCUCAGAGGCUAGAUUAAAAGCCAUAAAAGAAGCUGAACCAACUACCGAAAGACCUAAGUUUAUUACUGGCCUUAAUGACGAUCAAGUGGAAGACCAAGGAGAAAUAUCAGUAAUGGUUCGAGCAGAUGGUCUACCAAAACCAGAAAUAGCUUGGUACUUAAAUGGAAAAGAAAUUGUGGAGGACAAAAAUCAUCAAAUCGUCACCUCGAAAGAUGCGCAAGUUACAAGUACCUUAACUAUUACUAAUUACAGCGAAAGCGAUAUUGGAAUGUACAAAGCUGUUGCCAAGAAUGUUGUGGGAGAAGCAGAGACUAUCGCUCGUAUAUCUAUGAUACAAACUCCACCCACCUUGUCAAAGAAACUGGAUAGAAACCUGGAUGUAAAUGAAGGGGAAAAACUAGAGCUUAGAGCUAAGAUCGGAGGCAGCCCCAAACCAAAGGCUAUUUGGUACAAAGAUGGAGAACCGAUAUCUCCCGACAACGCCAACAUAAAGACUACCAUUCUCCCAGACGGUACAGUUAAGCUGGUCAUCGAAAACUGUAAAGCUUCAGACAGUGGAGCGUACAAACUAGUCGUAAAAAAUCAAAACGGAGAAACGGCAUCCCUGUGUGCCGUUGCAGUCGCACCUAAACAACGCAGACCGAAAUUCCUGAAGUGCUUCAAAGAUCAAAAAGUGCCUCUAGGCCAAGAAUUGCGACUUGAAGCAAAAGUAGAGGCAUAUCCACCGCCAGACAUCAAAUGGUUUAAAGAUGGAGUGCCAGUUCGAGCUGGUCCAAACGUUCAUUUUGAGAGUCAUCCUGAUGGACGGGUAGCCUUAGUUGUUGACGUGAUGAAACCAGAAAAUGCUGGAAAGUACGAGCUGAAAAUCAGUAACAAGCUCGGAGAAGCUGUCGGUGAUGCUAUCAUAACUACUGAAAAGAAACCGACCAGACCUCAAUUUGUAAAAACCUUAUUCCCCCAAACGGUCGUUGAAGGAUUUCCGGUAAAAUUGGAAGUUAAAGCGGAAGGUUUUCCAGCUCCGAAGAUAACAUGGACUCGAAACGGGGCAGAAAUAAUUUCAGAUAAUAAACACGUUAAAAUCGUCGAACAACCCGAUGGUACUUCAGUUUUGAUCAUCGAUGCUUGCGAUCAGAUGCGCGAUGCCCUAACAUACAAAGCUGUGGCUUCAAACGAGGCAGGUCAAAUCGAUACAGCUGCGCCACUGACGAUUAAAUCUUCAACUAAACCGGAUGAGCCGGAAGAAAGACCGAUGUUUCUGCAUAAGCUUAAGGAUGUUGUGACGGAUGAAGGUCAGCCUCUCAUACUUGAAGCUCCGUUUACUGGUAACCCUAUACCUACGGUGGAAUGGACUAAAGAUGGUAUUCCUGUAGAACCGUCUGACAGGAUCUUGAUGACAUGUGAUGGAAGAAAGGUAGGCCUAAGAAUCGACAGAGCUGUACCAUCAGAUGCAGGAGUAUACGGAGUUACCAUAACUAAUCCUCUAGGACAGGAAUCUACAGAAGGAAAAGCCACAGUUCGAAAAGUGUUCCAACCACCCGCAUUUACACAACGAUUCACCGAUCUCCAACAAUUGCCAGGUCGUGAUGCUAAAUUUCCAUGCAGAGUUACUGGAGUUCCCCAGCCGGAAGUUACUUGGUCAAAAGAUGGAGAACCCAUUGGCGAAAGUGACAAGUUCCACAUCAAACGAGACGGUGAUUUAUGCUGUUUGUAUGUUCAAAACUGUACACCAGACGAUGCCGGUGUCUACAGAGCUACAGCUACUAAUCCAGAAGGCCAGGCAGUAUGCACUGCUGCUUUAGAAGUUGUCAAGGAAAUUAAAGUCCAGCAAAAGAUCGAGCCUCCAACGUUCCUCAAACGCAUAGGAGACACCGAACUCUUUAAGGGAAUGACGGCUAAGUUCACUGCAUGUGCGACAGGCAUACCCGAACCGGAAGUAGAAUGGUAUCACAACGAUGAAAAAAUAUACCCGUCCAAAAGAAUCUUUAUGGAUAAAGACACAGCAGGACUACUACGGUUAAGUAUACUUGGUGUGGACCAAGACGACCUCGGAAAGUAUUCGUGCAAGAUAUUUAACGACCAUGGUAGUGACAUUUGUCACGCUACCCUGAAAUUCGAUGAAGGCCUUGAAGCCAAACCUAAAAGACCCAUGGCAGAUCAAUAUACCGAAUUUGAUAAAUAUAAGAGAAGCGGAGCUCCAGUACCAUUAGCUGACCCACCUAUCAUAUCCCAAAUGACUGACAGACACUGCACUCUAUCAUGGAAGCCAUCCAUUCCAUCAGGUCCAAGAGAACCUGUUACGUAUCAACUGGAAAUGUGCGAAUUGCCUAAUGGUGACUGGUUUACUGCUCGUACUGGAAUCAGAAGUUGCGUUUGUGGUGUUAAGAACUUGGAACCUUUCAGAGAUUACAAGUUUAGAAUUCGAGUAGAAAAUAAAUAUGGCCUUAGUGACCCUUCACCAUUUGCAGUUACCCAUAGGCAAAAACUCGAACCAGAACUACCCAAGUUCCAGCCAUAUCUUCCGCCAGGUACGGACUUCAGGCCAGAUAUUUCGCCGUACUUUCCAAGAGAUUUUGAUAUCGAAAGACCACCUCACGAUGGCAUGGCUCAAGCUCCUAUUUUCCUAAGACAGGAACAUCCUACUCAGUAUGGAAUAAAGGAUCAAAACACAAAUCUAUUUUGGUUUGUUUACGGAUAUCCUAAGCCCAAAAUCAGUUUCUAUUUCAAUGAUGAACUGAUCGAACCUGGAGGUAGAUUCGACUGGAGUUAUACGAGAAAUGGACAAGCAACGCUAUUUAUUAACAAAAUGUUAGAUCGAGAUGUUGGUUGGUACGAAUGCGUUGCUAGAAACGAACAUGGUGAGGCCAGACAAAGAGUCAGAUUGGAAAUUGCCGAAGCCCCGUACUUUAUACGCAGACCCGACAUUGAAUACGGUAUGAUAAGAGGUCGUGUCCAAUUUGUUGCCAGAAUUGCAGGAGUUCCCUAUCCAGAAAUUAAGUGGUACAGGGAUUGGAAACCUUUGGCACCUUCAAGCAGAAUAAGAAUUACCUUCAAAGAACCCGAUACUACGGUACUUUCCAUUAGCGAUGUGAUAUAUAAAGAUGAAGGUCUCUAUUCCGUAUCAGCUCGCAAUGUGGCAGGUUCUGCAUCAAGCAGUGCCAUGCUUUACAUAGAAGAUAACGAUCACGAAUAUGGUAUUCGUACUUAUAGUAAUAUUUCUCCUAUUAGAACUCACAAAAGGCUAGUUACUGAUUAUUAUGAUCUGGGAGACGAACUUGGACGUGGUACUCAAGGAAUUACCUAUCAUGCUGUUGAAAGACUCAACGGGCGAAAUUGGGCAGCUAAAAUCAUGCACGGCAGAGGAGAUCUUCGUCCAUUCAUGUAUAAUGAAUUAGAUGUUCUUAAUCAACUGCGACAUAAAAAACUCAUUUCAUUGCAUGACGCUUAUGAGACUGACGAUACCUUAGCUAUAAUUAUGGAACUUGGUGCUGGCGGAGAACUAGUACCCGACUAUCUCCUUAAAAUGGACUAUUAUACUGAAAGUGAUAUCGCAGGAUUUAUUAGACAGCUGCUUCAGGGCCUGGAUUACAUGCAUGGUAGAGGAUAUGGGCAUAUGGGACUAAAUCUCGGCGAUCUGCUCAUCGCACACCCAGGUGGUGAUGAUCUGAAAAUUACAGACUUUGGUUUAUCUAGAAGAAUUAGUUUGGCCCAGUUGUAUCCAUUGCGUUAUGGAGUACCCGAAUAUGUUAGCCCUGAAUGUGUUAAUAACGAAGGGGUUGGCUUUGGACAUGACAUGUGGAGUUUAGGUAUUAUAACACAUAUUUUACUGUCUGGAAGAUCACCGUUCAGAGGUGAUAACGACAGAGAAACUCUAACAAGAAUCAGAGAAGGUAAAUGGGUAUUUGAUGAUGAUUGGUGGAGUAGAAUAAGCGUUGAUGCAAGAGAUUUUAUUUCAAAGUUACUAGUCUAUCAUCCCGAUGGCAGAUUAGAUGUCAAAGCUGCUUUGAGACAUCCCUGGCUUGAAAGAUGUGAUAAGAGAUAUCAAGAUGAAUUCCAAAUAAGCAGCAGCUACUUGAGAGACUACUGGAAGCUUUACAGAGAUUGGUACGAUAAUGCAUCUUGUAGAAACUGGUUCAGGCGCCGACCGCUGGAAGGUGCCUUUACUCAUCCAUCCAAAAUGGUGUACCCUCCAGGUGAAAUUUACACUCCAAGAGCAUCUCCUGUGAGAGAAAAAGCCCCAAGACCGAGAACCUGGGAAGAUCAGUUGCCAUCAAGAUCACCGCUGAACUACGAAAUUGGUGGUUUCAAAUCGGAAAGCCACUACCAGAACGGACCAGAUACCUAUCUGCUUCAACUCAGGGAUGUUGAUUUUCCAGUUCGUCUCCGUGAGUAUAUGAAAGUGGCUGCUAAUAGAGGUCCAGGUUCGGGAUAUAUUUUAUCUGAUGAAAAUGGUUAUGACUGGCGAACACCAAUAAUAAGAGAGCGGCGAAGAUUCACUGAUAUAAUGGAUGAAGAAAUUGACGAUGAACGAAAAGCACGUAUCAAUAGAUACGGUACAACAGACACACCUUAUAUACGUAGGCUUAAGCAUGAAUUAGGAUCGCGUUUGGACACAUAUGUUGAAGCACAGGCUGUCAUUGAAAGCAAACAGGAAGGCAGAUUACCAUUCUUUAGAGAGAAGCCUCAAAUCACUGCUAUGAUUGAAGGAAAAGAUUUGGAAUUGAGUUGUCUAGCUGUUGGUGAACCCACUCCUGUUGUUCAGUGGUUCAAAAACGAUUCAAUUGUUGCUGAAUCUCAUCGUAUAAAAAUAUUUACUGAUGCCGAAGGUCGUUCACAUUAUCGCCUUACACCGGCCUUGGCGUUUGACCAAGGAAUGUAUAAAGUCGUGGCCAGAAACAAAAUUGGACAGACGAUCGCCAGAACUAGGGUAGUUUUAGGACUUGUUCCAGAUGAGCCAGAUAGUCCGGAAAUUAGCGAAAUUUCCGAUACGGAGGUACUUUUAACAUGGAAACAGCCGAAACACGAUGGAAACUCAGCUGUUAUUUGCUAUAAACUAGAAUACAAAGUAGCUGACGAUACAGAAUGGAUAAAGAAGGCUGAUAACAUUGAUCACGAAUUUUAUUUAGUCACCAAUUUGGAGCCUAAUCAAACGUACAUAUUUAGGUUAGCAGCUAAAAACGCUAUUGGAUGGAGUGAUCAAGGAGUACCAACUGCACCUGUAACAACUAAGUCAGAGGGUAGUAAAAAGAUUGAGCUGAGCAAAGCAAUGGCACAUUUGCAAUCUAUCACUGACAGUGGCAAGGAAAUAGAAGAAGAGAAACCUUUCAGAAACAAUUACAAAAUCGAAAGUGAACCUAUUGAAUGGGAACACGCUAGUAUUCAAGAGCAUUACAACUUUAUAUCUGAAAUUUCUAGAGGCCGAUUUAGUACAGUUCUUAAAGCUGUAGAUAAAAAUAACGAUGCGGUUGUGGUAGCUAAAGUCCUGGAAAUGAACAACCAGGAACAAAAAGAUGAGGUCGAAGGUGAAUUUACAGCUCUCAGGUCAUUAAGACACGAAAGAAUUGCAAGCCUUUUGGGGGCUUAUCACUCUGGUGAUAAGGCAGUAUUUAUCUUAGAAAAACUUCAAGGAGCUGACGUUCUUACUUACCUUGCUAGUAAGCACGAAUAUACAGAGCAAACUGUAGCGACUAUUAUUAAUCAGGUACUUGAUGGAUUGCAAUACCUUCACUGGAGAGGCCUGUGCCAUUUAGACUUGCAGCCUGAUAAUGUUGUAAUGGCUGGCGUUAGAUCUGUCCAAAUAAAAUUGGUUGAUAUGGGAUCAGCUCACCGUGUAACGAAGCUGGGAAAUAAAGUUCCAGUUGUUGGUCAUAGUGAUUAUAUUUCGCCUGAGGUUCUUGCUGAAGAGCCAGCAUAUCCUCAAACUGAUAUAUGGACGGUAGGGGUACUAACGUAUCUGAUGCUUUCGGGAACGGUUCCAUUUAAAGGUGGAGAUGAACAAGAAACCCGCCAAAAUAUAUUGUUUGUGCGAUACAGAUUUGAACAUUUAUAUCAAGAAGUUUCGCAAGAAGCAACUAGAUUUAUUAUGCUUCUAUUUAAAAGACAACCCAACAAAAGGCCAACACCAGAAGAAUGUCAAGAAAACAGAUGGCUAUUGCCAACAGACUACAUGAUCAAGAAGCGAGAAAGAAAUAUAUUUUUAGGUCAUAGAAUAAAAGAAUACUCUGAAGAAUAUCAUUCACAACGUGAAGAAUCUGCUCAAGCCUCGACGAGUCAAAUAGGGGGAAAAGCAUUGUUUAGAUCACACAGUAUACAAGAAGAAUUAUCGACUGCACCUUAGUUAGUUAUUUAUAUUUUAAGCUGAUUGUAUAUAAAUACAAAAUAAAUUAUUUCUAUAAAAGUAUAUGAAAACAAUUUGAAAAACAUUUACAAGAAAAUAAGGCAAGAAGUUUGGCUUAAUUUUCAUUAAGUAUAUAUUUUUUGUUUUUGAUUUAAUGAGUUUAAGGUCAAUAAAUGUUUUGUUCUUUAUGUUAUAUUUAACUACUGGUUAUUAAAGGAAAUACAAAUAAAUUGUUAAAAUAUAAA